AAUAACAAAAUCAGCUGCAAACAAUUUGUGGUGCCACGCAAAAAACAGGCAACAGAAAGUAACGAAAUUCGCCUGGAAUCACCGCCCUGUCCCCCCGCGCGAAGAGAGUGAGUUACCAUCUCACCGAGCAGAGACAACAACAAACGCCCCCGCCCCGCCACGCAGCGUCAGAGAGUGGAGAGAGGAGCAGAGCAGAGGCAGAGGGCAAUCCGGAGAAGAUGUCGUGGCUGAACAACAGCCUUAGCACGCUCAAGGGCCAGCUGACGAACCUGGCCCAAGAGGUGCUGGCCGAGACAGCUGGUCCCGGCGAUGACGACUACCAGGGAGCGGCCGGAGGCAGCGACGAACGCGCCCGUACGGCACUGGAGCUACUGGCCGAGACGCAGCAGCAGAAGGAGCAGCUGGACAGGCGCUGCGAGGAGAAGGAUCGCGAGAUUGCCGCCCUGCGCCGCGAGGUGGCCAGGCACAACAAGAAGCAGCCAAAGCCAAGCACAUCGCCGGAGGAAGCACAGUUGCAAAAUGAGGAGCAGAAUGUGGAGGACAGCUGGUGCUGGGAGCCCGAUGGAGCCGAGCCAGCAAAGGACAAAAAGGUGGAGCAGACGGGUCUCGUGGACAUAGCCCUGGGCGCCAACGAUGUGUCCCGACUGAACAAUCGCAUUGCGGAGCUGGAGCAGCUCAAUGCCCAGCUGAAUGCCUCGCUGGAGGAGCUGGACUCGCAGCACGAGCUGGCCAUGCGGGACGUCCUGGAGCACAAGACGCAGCUGGCCGGCCAGGUGGCGAGUCUCAAGCAGAUGCAGGCGGAUCGCAUGGUGGAGCAUGAGUUGGCCAGUGCCCGGCAGCAGAAGCAGUUGGAGGAACUGCAGCGGGGGGCCAAGGCUGCCCAAGAGGGGCAGGAGCAGCUGCAGCAGCGCCUGGAACAGCAGGCGGCUGAACUAAAGCGCGGCGUGAUGGAGCUGGCCGAGAUGCAGGAGCUCCUAGAGAAGCGUAGCCAGGACAACGCCGAGCUGAUUGAUCGCGUGCGCUUGGCAGAGGCUGAGCGCGAGAAGCUGGCCAAGGAGCUCGAAGAGUGCCGCCUGUCCAAGGAGAAGAAGACAUCGGAGUCCUCGUCAAACAGCUCGUCGACGGGGGGCAAGCACAGCGAGGACGAGUUCAUAGUGGUUAGGCAGGCGGAUGCUGCCUCCGCCUCUGGCUCUGGCUCUGAUCCCGAUCCCGAUCCCGAUCUGGAGGUCACAUCGCCACCCUCCAAGGAGAAGCUGCGCGAUCGUCUCGUCUCCCUGGAGUCGCAGAUCUCGGUCCUGACCCUGGCCAACCAGCAGCUGCAGGACAGCCAGCUGGAGAAGCAGCUGAGCGUCAACUUGCUGGGCGAUCAGCUCGUCGAACUGGAGAAGCGGCUGCGCCUUAGCGAGGCGGAGAAGGAGCAGCUCCAGCUGGACCUGCAGCUCCGUUUGCAGCAGCUCACUGUUCAGAACCAAGAGCUCAAGCUUCAUGCCGAGGCCGAGCAGGAGGGCCAUGCCCAGGACCUCGAGGAGCAGCUGGGCUCGCUGCGCGAGGAGAACAGACGCCUGCGCCAGGAGCUGGAUGCCAGCAUAGCGCAGGCCAAGUUCCGGCAGGCCAUUGCCGAGGAGAAGCAGGAGAUCACGGAUCUGGACGAGGCCGACACCGCCGAGUAUGGACACUAUGAGCUGGACAAGCUGCGCGCUUUAUUGCAGGCGGAGAUUGAGGAUCGCCUGGGCAACGCCACGUCACAGCAGAAGCUGGAGCGGGCCUGGAACUCGCUCUCCGAGCGCUGGCACAGACUGGACGUUGUGGAGCAGCGACUGCUGGAGGUGCAGAACCAGCAGCUGGUCUGCGAGCACGAGAAGAAGACCCUCGAGGCGGACAUCUCCCAGUAUAUUCUGCAGUGCGAGGAGCUGAUGAAGAACAACGAGCUGCUGCUCAUCGAGCUGGACAAGUUCAAGCGCAACAAGCUGGAGACCAUUGAGGAGCACCACGAGGAGACGAUUGUGCAGCUGGAGGCCCAGCUGGAGGAGGCCCGUCAGCGCCUGGAGUUGGCCCUGGGCUCCCAAAGGGACUUGGAGUCCAAGCUGGGGUCCAAGCGAGAGCAGGACUCUGCCGGAGACUCCAAUCUGUUGGCCAAACUAGAGCAGAGGGAAGCGGAGAUGCUGCAGCUGGAGCAGCAUCUGGCCAGCGCCAAGAAAGAGCUGGCGGAGAAGAUCACACAGCUCGCGGAUAGCCAGAGUCAGAGCCAGGAGAAGCUCCAUCAAAGCGAGCGGGAUCAAGAGACCCUCAAGCAAAAGCUGGCCUCGCUUAACCAAGAGCUGGAGGAACAAGCCAAGCAGCUGAGGAUCAGCAGAGAUGAGCAGGUGUCCCAACUGGAGCAACUAUCAGAGGUCAGCCAGCGCUUGGAGGAUAGAACCAACCAGCUGAAGGCCAGCGAGGAUCAGCACAAGGUCCAACUGACCAAGCUCCAAGGCCAGAUGCAGGCGGACCAGGAGCGCCUAAGGGAACUCCUCCAAGUGCAGGACAAGCUGGAGCAGCAAAAGGAACUCAUGGAGGUCGACCAGAACCAGCAGCUGAGCACCAUCAAGAAGGAGCUGGCUGAGGCAAGCCGCCAACUGGACGAGUGCCAAGAUCAGCUGACCCUCAAGGAAGUCCAGCUGGCGGAGAUGCAGCAGAAAAUCGAGGAAAUCAGCGAGGAAAAGACAGGCCUCCAGCAGCAACUGCUUGAGGCGGAAAAGACGCCUGAAUCCCCUGCUCUAAAUACGCAACUUCAAGAGCUUCGGGAACAGCUUCGGGCCAAGGAGCAGGAGCUCCACCUAUCCCAAGCUGAUCAGGCCAAGCUGCAGGAGGAGCUGCUGACCAAGACGGAAGAACUCCAGCUCAAGGAAUCGCACCUUUUGGCCAAGGAAACCGCAGAGCAGCAGAGCCAGCAGGCCACCGACCAUGACCAUCAGCAGCUCCAGCAGGCCAUCGAGGCCCUGGGCCAGGAGAAGAACGAACUGAUCAAGGCCCUGCAGCAGAAGCACCUGGAGAACACCCAAUACUACGCCGAGAUUCAGCGCCUGCAGCCCUGCGAGUCACAGCUCAAGGACCUGGCCAAGGAGCGCGAGAAGCUGCAGGAUCAGAUAGCCUUCCUCAAGGAAAAGUCCGACAUACUCACCACCAACCUGCUGACGGAGCAAACCAACCAGCGCCUGCUCCAGCAACAGCAGGCCGAGUCCCAGGAGCAGCAGAGCAGCGUGCAGCGGGAUCUGGAGCGCCUGCGGGCGCAUCUCCUAGAAAUCGAGGAGCUGCACACCCAGGAGACGGUGGAGCUGCAGCAAGAGUUGCAGGAGUCACGCGCCCGACAGGCUGUGCUGGAGCAGGAGGCGUCCAAGUCCAGCACUGCCUACACAUCGGCCAGCAUCCGAGCCAAUCAGCAGGCGGAGACGUUGCAGGCCCAGCAUGCCCUGCUCCAGCAGCAGCGGGAUGAGCUCCUGGCCAAACUGGGUCUGUGCGAGGAUCGAGAGCUCAAACAGCAAGCGGCUCUGACCAAUCUGCAGUGUGCCCUGGAACAAUUCCAAAAUAAUAAAGACCACGACAUUGAGCUGGCUACGCAGCGCAUCCGCCGUGAGAUGCAGUCCCAAUUGGCUCACCAAGGACAGCUGCAGGCCGAGAUGGCUGCACUGCAGCAGCAGCUGGCGGAUGCCAACCAGGGACUAAGGGCGGCGGCGCGACUCUCCGAUCAGCUAGAGGCGGGCCAGCAAACCAUAGCCGUGCUGAGGGAUGAAGUGGAGAGCCUGAAGGAGGCCAACGGUCGGCUGGAGCAGAGCCUGAGCAGCAGCGAGAGCAGCCAAACGGAUCGGAUUGACAAGAGCCUGAUCAAGAGCCUGCUCAUCGGUUAUGUGGUCAGUGGACAUGCCGGCGAUAAGCAGCAGGUGCUGCGCAUGAUCUCCUCCGUGCUGGACUUCAAUGCCCAGGAGGCCGACAAGGUGGGGCUCAACAAGCAGCAGAGCAGCUGGCUGGGAGCCAUCCUAGGCGGCAGCGGUUCCCCCUCUUCGGGGACAACAGGUUCUAGCCACAGCAAGGAUAACCUGGUGCAAGCCUUUGUCCAGUUCCUGGAGCAGGAGUCACAGCCACAAAACCAGGUGACCUCGCGUCCCACAUUGCUUAGCAUGGCGGCGGGCCAGAUGGAUACGAGCUCUGGCUCGGUGCCGCCGCAAGUGCCACAAGUGGCCGUCAGUCAAGAGGCAGCAGCGGGGAUUCCGGUCACGCCGCCAGUAGCAGGAGGAGGAGGAGGAGGAGGAGGCGGAGGAUCGCCACAGUCACUGGCAAUGGGCUCCAACGAGUUUGCGCCAUCGCGGAACUCCAGCUCGAUAUUAAAGGACAUCCUCAGCGACUCCUGAUUGUUGUAGAAUCCCCCUGAAGCCGGAGUCUACAACCUCCUCCUUCCGUUUUUCGGUCGUGUUAUUUUGUGUAAUUUUACUAUAAUUUUUUUUUAUCUAUAUAAAUAUAAAUUAAUAACCGUGCAAUCGACGACCACUCCCCUCCCGCCACAACAUAUAUCUCGCUAUAUAUAUAUAUAUAUCUACCUUAUCCUGGUCCCCGCCAACUGUACAAUGUCCGUGUGUAUAUGUUUUGUGCAACGCUAGCAAUCUGUAAAUAUGUAAAAUCAGCAAUCUUCACAGCGGCCUUUGCUAACUAAUGACUAGCCGCCAAAUAAACUUAUUUAAUAUAACUAA